AUGAAGCUUGUGUCUUCGUGGGUUGUAGCCGCAUUAGCUGCACAAGCCGCAAGUGCUGCUAUAAGCCAUAAGCUCGAUGGUUUUACCAUCCGGGAGCAUGCGGAUCCCGCGAAACGGGCUCUCUUGCAAAAAUAUGUGACCUGGGACGAGCACUCGCUAUUCAUCAAUGGCGAGCGAUUGAUGAUUUUCAGCGGUGAAGUUCACCCAUAUCGUCUCCCCGUAGCCUCCCUAUACAUCGAUAUCUUCGAGAAGGUCAAGGCGUUGGGAUUCAAUUGCGUGUCAUUCUACGUCGACUGGGCUUUAUUGGAAGGCAAUCCAGGCCACUACUCCGCCGAGGGCAUCUUUGACCUACAACCCUUCCUCGAUGCGGCCAAGGGGGCUGGUAUCUACUUGCUGGCUCGUCCUGGUCCUUAUAUCAAUGCCGAGGUCUCUGGUGGUGGCUUCCCCGGCUGGCUGCAGCGAGUCAACGGCACUCUGCGGACUAGCGAUGCGGCGUACCUGAAGUCGACCGAUAACUAUGCUUCCAACAUUGCUGCCACUAUUGCCAAGGCACAGAUUACCAAUGGUGGCCCAGUCAUUCUUUACCAGCCCGAGAACGAAUACUCUGGUGCCUGCUGUGGCGUUAGCAACUUCCCUGACGGUUCCUACAUGCAAUACGUCGAGAAUCAGGCCCGCGAAGCAGGGAUUGUCGUUCCUUUCAUUAACAACGAUGCCUGGACUGGUGCCCAUAACGCUCCCGGUUCUGGUGCAGGUGCGGUCGACAUCUAUGGUCACGACAGCUAUCCCCUGGGCUUCGAUUGCGCCAAUCCUUCCACCUGGCCUAGUGGCAAUCUUCCCACAUACUUCUAUAACAGUCAUGAACAGCAGAGUCCUUCUACUCCGUACUCUCUGGUCGAGUUCCAAGGUGGAGCGUUCGACCCCUGGGGAGGAGUUGGCUUCGCAGGGUGCGCGGCUCUUUUGAACCACGAGUUUGAACGAGUGUUCUAUAAGAACGACUUUAGCUUUGGCGUUGCCUUCUUGAACUUGUACAUGAUCUUUGGUGGUACCAACUGGGGCAACCUGGGCCACCCUGGCGGUUACACCUCGUAUGACUAUGGCGCUGCUAUCUCCGAAUCGCGCGAUAUUACCCGCGAGAAGUACAGCGAGCUGAAACUACUCGGAAAUUUUGCCAAGGUCUCACCUGCAUACCUUGUGGCUAACCCUGGAAGCUUGACUACCUCCGCGUAUACCAACAAUGCUAACCUGGCUGUGACUCCUCUUCUUGGAAGCAACAGCUCUGCUUCGUCGUUCUUCGUGAUCCGCCACUCGGAUUAUACCAGCCAGGCUUCAGCCCAAUAUAAGCUCACCGUCCCGACCAGUGCUGGAAAUCUGACUAUUCCUCAACUUGGUGGAAGCCUUACCCUGAGUGGUCGUGACUCCAAGAUUCAUGUCACUGAUUAUGACGUGGCUGGCACCAACAUCCUCUACUCUACUGCCGAGGUCUUCACCUGGAAGAAAAUCAACAAUGAGAAGGUUCUUGUCCUGUACGGCGGCCCUAGCGAGCACCAUGAAUUUGCGGUUUCCGGCGAGUCAAGUAGCUCUGUCGUUGAGGGAUCCUCCUCAGGCAUCUCUUCGAAAGAGGUUAGCAAUGCACUUGUUGUUGCUUGGGAUACCUCAAGCACACGUCGCAUCGUCCAGGUUGGAAACUUGAAGGUCUUCCUUCUUAGCCGAAACUCUGCCUACAACUACUGGGUGCCCCAGCUCCCCACCAAGGGCAAAUCCCCUGGCUUCAGCAACCAAGAAACUACUGCCUCGUCUAUUAUUAUCAAGGCUGGCUACCUCGUGCGGAGUGCCUACCUUGACGGUAAUGACCUACACAUCCAGGCUGACUUCAACGCUACCACUCCUAUUGAGGUAGUUGGCGCGCCAUCUGGAGCUAAGAAACUGGUCAUCAACGGCGAAAAGACCCAGUUCAAGGUCGACAAGAAUGGUAUCUGGUCGACCAGUGUAACAUAUAACGCACCAAAGGUCCGACUCCCCGAUCUGAAGAAACUGAAGUGGAACUCCAUCGACACUCUCCCUGAGCUGAAGAACACCUACGAUGACUCUGACUGGGCCACUGCUGAUCAAGCCUACACCAAAAAUACCGCCUACCCGCUCAAGACUCCAACUUCUCUGUUCGCAUCCGACUACGGCUUCAACACUGGUACCCUUCUCUACCGAGGCCACUUUGCAGCAAAUGGCAAGGAAAAGACUUUCUUCGUCCAGACCCAGGGAGGUAGCGCGUACGGCCACUCGGUCUGGAUCAACGAGACCUACGUCGGCUCCUGGGCCGGAAACAGCAUUGACAGCAACCACACUGCCACCUACACUCUGCCCACCCUGCAGUCAGGCAAUAACUACGUUAUUACCGUUGUCAUCGACAACAUGGGUCUGGACGAGAACUGGAUCAUCGGUUUAGAGGCAAUGAAAAGCCCCCGCGGCAUCCUCCAGUACUCCCUCUCUGGCCAGGAAGCCAGCGCCAUCUCCUGGAAGCUGACUGGCAACCUGGGUGGCGAGAACUACCGCGACACUGUCCGCGGUCCCUUGAACGAGGGAGGUCUGUACGCUGAGCGCCAGGGCUUCCACCAGCCUCAGCCGCCCACCAAGGGCUGGGGCUCUAACAGCCCAUUUACCGGCCUCAGCAAGCCAGGAAUCCACUUCUACAGUGCCAGCUUCGAUCUGGACCUGCCCUCCGGCUAUGAUAUCCCAGUGUACUUCAACUUCGGUAACGACACCUCCACUCCGGGCGAGUACCGCGUGCAGUUGUACGUGAAUGGGUACCAGUAUGGCAAGUAUGUGAACCACAUCGGCCCCCAGACUAGCUUCCCCGUCCCCGAGGGUAUCUUGAACUACUGUGGUACGAAUUGGGUUGCGCUGAGCUUGUGGGCUCAUGGGGAUAAUGGUGCCAAGCUAGAUAGCUUUGAGUUGAUCAACACUACCCCCGUGCUCACAUCGCUGGGCAAGGUCAAGUCUGUGAACCAGCCGAAGUAUCAAGCCCGGAAGGGUGCCUACUAG